CUAAUCGCAGCGGGCGCCACACACCUCAGGAAGGUAGCAAUUUUCCAUCAUUACCGUUAAAUCCUGCUCAAAAGAACCGGAUUCGAGAGGCCUAAUUACAAGGUGUUAAUAAUAACAAUGUAAUGACAGUCAUUUUAAAGCCUGCCCAAAACCAUAAUCCAUCUCCCAACUGACUCUCCCAUUUAAGUGUGUGGUUUCGGUAAAGUGUUAUUUGAAAUUUGAAAGCACCGUGAUUCUUAUUGAUUACCAUUGUGAUUACUCUCACAAUGGCCUGUCAGGUCCUGCAUGUUAGGGCUUGAAUUAGGAGCUUCGUCAGCUUUUGUUAGGUGGAAAUACGGCUCUUCAGAUGUCACACUGAUGCUUUUCAUCCCGGUGCGGCGGAUCCUCGGAGAGACAGCCAGGACAAUCCGCCGGCCUAAUUGCAGGAUGAAGUAGACGGGGGAUUGAUUUACUUAUGUUAGUAGGGUUUCCUUUACAAAAUACCAGGCCUCAGUCUCAUGCAAAAUCCAUAUGCAUUUAUUCAGGGCAUCAAGCAGGACUAUUUCUCGUGCGUUCGAUGUCAGCUAAGCGUUUGCAGAGUGAAUAUAAUGCGGCAUGGCGCUGUUAGUAAUUAUGAUUAAAGCUGUGUGAGCUUUUGUGAACAGGGAAACAGUCUUCUCUCUGCAUAAUUACUGCUAAAUGAGGCUGAUGUGCAGCGGACCUGCUGUCUAGUAGGGGCGUGGCACCACAGAGACCCAAGCACGUCGUCCAAUCACAAGCCUUCCCCCGACCCCGGGGUCUGACUGAACUUCCCGAGAGCCUCCCAAAGUUUUUUUUUUCCAGCACAACUUUGAAACAACUUAACUCCGAAUUUCUCAUCGUGUGGACGCUGCAUGUUUGCACUCCGUGACAAAAAGGCUAUGCGAUUUCUGGAUCGGAAUUAGAAAUCCAUCACGGGCCUGAAAGAGGAAGAAGAAAGAAAGCAUGCAUUCCCCUGGAGACUGUAGAGACGAGUUUUCAACAGACGAGGAUGCAGAAGCGCCGCGGCCGGAGAAGCGCGCGGCGCAGGUGUCCUGCCUGUCCUUUAGCGUGGACGCGCUCAUGUCGGACAGGAGGCCGCUGAAUGCGACGGACACACCAGAAGGGAAAUCCUCUUUGCACGAUGAACGGCCGCACAGGCCGGAUGUGCUUUCCCAACAGUUAGUAUCUGUCAAGUCAGAGCCUUUGGAACGAGGGGACCGUGCUUCCUGGAUGUCAACACCGCCCCGGCAGCUCAGUCCCGCAGCGUGCUCCUUGAGGAAGCACAAAACCAACCGCAAGCCUCGCACCCCCUUCACCAGCACGCAGCUCCUGGCCCUGGAGAGAAAGUUUCGUCAGAAGCAGUACCUGUCCAUCUCCGAGCGGGCCGAGUUCUCCUCCUCCCUCUCGCUGUCCGAGACCCAGGUCAAGAUCUGGUUUCAGAACCGGCGAGCUAAAGCCAAGAGGCUUCAGGAGGCCGAGGUGGAAAAAGUCAAAAUAGCCACUGGCGUUGGGCCCAAAGCUGUAUUCCACCCGGGCUUCCCGUCCUUAGGUUUUCCCCUUAGUGUUAACCUGCGGGCUGGAUCAGCAGCAUUUUACGGACUGGGCUGCUCAUAUGGCCGCAGCCCAAUUUUCCCUGCUGCACAUCUGGCCCUGUACGCCUCACAGGUCGGCCACAGCCUGUUUCACCUCUCCUGAGAGGAAACAGCGUUGUACAGACAACGCAACAUGGAUGUGUGUUGAAAAAGAGGACAAGAGUGUAUCGUGAAGUCAUGCACCUUUAUAAAAGACUUGAUUAAGGGCCUGAAGUGGAGCUGAAGCUUGGUGAUGUUCACUGGUCUUGAGUUACAAGGAGAAUUGACAAGUGUCCUUUUACAAGGAUACAGCAUCAAGAUCCGUCUUUGCUGAUUCAGCAGGUUUUAUUGAUAAUUAAUUGAAUAUUGAUACCAGAUUGUAUUUAUUGUAGCCUUUUUGAUAUUUCUCCCUGGAUUAAUCCAGCAUUGGCAAUCAAAUUUUCACUUGUCAGCCUUGAAUAUGCAGGGGUAUAGUAUGUAAUACUGCUCUCAGAUUAAUAAGAAGUGACAAAUGGAGAAUGACAUUGUGGCCUGGCGAUGUGCAGGCUUGCUUUAACCCUUGUGGUGUC